UCGUCUACUUUCCCUUUCGCUCACUCUCCAAGCUGGCCGAAGCGUUACCUCAGUGUUUAUGUAUCGUUGGGCUGGCUAAUCACAGAAGUUCGUUUGCAAGAUAGACCGUUGACUCUCAGCUUUGACAUGGACUCUGAUGGUCUGCCUCUUGUUGGGCCAGGGAUUGACUAUACAAAGGUUGAGGCGAUAAACCAAAAGAGAACAAUUGCUUUCAUAAAUCACUUUGUCACACACACAGCAAGGUUCCUCAACCAUUUCUCCUGUGUAUGUGAGGACAAAUUGGAGCAUCUUUCUGGACGUUUACAACAGCUUGAGAUUUCUUUGAGCAUAGUUGAAGCGAAAUUGUCUUCCAUACCGGGUCUGGAAUCGGUCACAGCGCCUCAGUCCAGUGCUAGCUCUGCUCCGGCAACAGACGCAAGCCCCGCCGCAGCAGCAGCUGCACCAUCAGGACCACCAGCACCACCUUCUGAUAGUGGACCUCCCCCACCUCCUGCUGCUGAGGCAGCUCCAGCACCCCCAGUAGAAGAAGCGCCCCCACAGAACACAGUGUCUCAAGACCCAAGAUAUAUGCCAUUUUUCAAGAUGCUCAGAGUUGGGGUUGUUGCACAAGCAGUGAAAGGAAAGAUGGUAUUAGCGGGCCUGGACCCUGAGUUACUAGACACACCGGACGCCCCGGCCCCAUCAGGCGCGCCAGCACCACAGGAAGAGGCCAAGGAUUCAGACUCGGACAGUGCAGACGACUUUUCUGAUAGCGACUGAGCAGCCCACAGCGUGUCCGUUCCUCUCAAUGGUCACCUGUCAGGCAAGAACUAGUCCUUCCAUCCACCAACCUGAUUAAUGAAAUGGCUUAGUGGUGCCUCUUGUCCUAGUAACUCUGAAAUUUUAAAGUUCUGGAUUCUCUGAGCUUUUAAUUUUUGUUUAACUCUGUUUAUGAUGCUUAUAGGAUAAGCACUGGAUACAGUCAUUAAAAAAAAUCAAAUUUCACCUUCCAUAGGGCCUUGGGUAAUUCAGCUUUUAAGUCCAAAACCGAAAAACAUUGCAACAUUUUUUUUUCAUAAUUGAAUUCCCAUUGAAAAUAAAAGUUACGCUGAAAUUCUAU